GCGGUGUGCGCCUGCGCGAUUCCUGGGGGCGCGUUGGCGGAACUCUAGUGCGCCUGCGCGAGUGUUUAUUUCCUCGGUGAUGGUACCUACAGGUAGUGGACUAAGCCUGCCUUUGUCAUAGGCCUGGAGCUAGGUUGCUGUAAACCGAAUGUGGGCCGUGACAAAUGAAGCCCCAGGCGGGGAAGGGGUGUGAGCCCUCGGGUGGAGCGUCGGCUUGGGGUACCUGAAGGACAGGGAUUUCUAAUAGGAGUUAGCUCUGAGCAUUGGUGUCGCGUUAUGCCCCUCGCGUUAGGAUCCAGCAAAGCACCGUCGUCACGACCUGGCCGGCAGAGGGCCCCAUGGCCGAGGGCGACCGGGAGCCCCUGGCGAGAGCCGGCACCCUCCGGGAAGCACUCAGGGCGCUCCUGCCCCCCACUAAAGAGGAGCUGACGCUGCAGUUCGGGGAGAGGGUGGAGCGCAGCGUGGUGCGGCUGCUGCGGGAAGCGGUCGAGCUGUUCUGCGGCGGCCAUGGGGGCGAGUGUCUGCAGGCCAGCGAGGCCAUCCUGGACUACUCCUGGGAGAAACUCAACACCGGCCCGUGGCGCGACGUGCACAGAGACUGGCGCCGCGUGUACGCCUUCGGCUGCCUCCUGAAGGCCGUGUGUCUGUGCGAGGAGCCCGGGGACGCCGGCGCCGUGGCCGCAGCCCUGAGAGUCUGCGACAUGGGCCUGCUGAUGGGGGCGGCCAUCCUCGGGGACAUCCUCACUAAAGUCGCGGCCGUCCUGCAGGCGCACCUCCCCUCGGGAAAGAGGCCCGCCCCGGGCCCGGCUCAGGAGCAGCCCCACGAGAAGAAAGCGCGGCACGACCGUGUUUGGAUUCCAGACGUGAGGUCUGAGAGAACGGUGCCCCGGCUCCGCUGCCCAUCCCUCCAGCACUUCCGGAAGCAUUUUCUGGUUCCGGGGAGGCCUGUGAUCCUGGAAGGCGUGGCCGACCAGUGGCCGUGCAUGAAGAAGUGGAGCUUGGAGUACAUCCAGGACGUCGCCGGCUGCCGGACUGUCCCGGUGGAGGUUGGUUCCAGGUACACUGACGAGGAGUGGUCCCAGACGCUCAUGACGGUCAACGAGUUCAUCAGCAAGUACAUCAGGGAUGAGCCGAGGGACGUCGGGUACCUGGCUCAGCACCAGCUCUUUGACCAGAUCCCGGAGCUGAAGCGGGACAUCAGCAUCCCCGACUACUGUUGCCUGGGCGACGGGGACGAAGAAGAGAUCACCAUUAACGCCUGGUUUGGUCCCCAAGGAACCGUCUCUCCUCUCCAUCAGGACCCUCAGCAGAACUUCCUGGUCCAGGUGACGGGGAGGAAGUACAUCCGGCUGUAUUCGCCGCAGGAGUCAGAGGCUUUAUAUCCACACGACACGCAUCUUCUUCACAACACAAGCCAGGUUGACGUGGAGAACCCCGACUUGGAGAAGUUCCCCAAGUUUGCCGAGGCCCCGUUCCUGUCCUGCAUCCUGUCUCCCGGAGAGAUCCUGUUCAUCCCGGUUAAAUACUGGCAUUACGUGCGGGCUCUGGACUUGAGCUUCUCCGUCAGCUUCUGGUGGUCGUAGCCAGGGCGGAAGGGUCUGAGACGCCAACGGCAGUCACGGAUUCACACGUUCCCUGCCCCACGCCCGGCCUGGGGCUGGGUCCCGGCAUCUAGAGAGAAGCCAGACCCGCCUGUGCCAAAGCCCUUGCUGGGCGCCGGGCUGCGUGCCAGGCGGACGCGGGGCCCGGCAAGGCGCACGUUCCGGCCAGGGAUGCGCGGCAGAGGCCAGCGGGCGGGACCCCAGAAGGACGCUCUGCAUGGAGACCGUGGGCCUCCUAAAGCCGGAUGCGGUUGGGACGCGGGCAGGCAGUGUGGGCAGCGGUACAGGGUGGCUCUGAGGUCGGCUGCCUGGAUUCCAACCCAGCCCCGUGGCUUAACCGCGGCGUGAGAUUUGGAGCGGAAACCUCGUGGGUGGGUCUCCAUCUGGGAAACGGCAGCCCGAGCCCCCACCGCAGAGAAUUCCAGGGACGGUGCUGGCGCAGGGCCCCUGCGGGUCCGUGAACGCUCGCUGCUAAUAAUCACUAGGAUUGCCACCUA